GGUAAAGAUCUCGAUCCUUCCACAACUUGAACCUAAGCUUUUUAACUUGAAAGACACAGUCUCUCUUUGUGUUAGCAAAGUAAUUCUGAAACUCAUGAUGGCUAUGGAAUGGUGUCCUCAAUCUGCCAUGCAAGCUUACCUCCACACUCUUCACCUGUGUAAAGUUCACAACAGUCAAGACGACAGCAGCACCUUCGGAAGCACAAGUUGCAUCAUAGAGCCAAAAUGCAUGGAGUUUGUAUCAGCUUUGGCAGCUGGGAAGAGAGCAAGGUUAAUGGUACAGAUCACAUCAGAAGGCGUAACGCCGCUGACUGUUUCACUGACUGUGGCCGCAAAACAGACCGGAGGCCGCCUAGUCGUCUGCAUUACUCAACCUCUUAAUCAUCAUCACGAGUAUGUGGAGAAAAUGAGCAAAACCCUAUUUCUAGAAAAUGGUCUCGAUGGUAUUGUUGAAUUUGUUUAUGGUAUCGAUCCUUCUGUGGUGGUGAAGCGGUUCAAGAGUAUUGAUUUUGCGGUCAUCGACUGCAAGGUUGAAGAACACUUGAAGUUGUUGAAGAUUAUGAAUCUUAAUCCAAAUGGGAGCAUAGUGGUAAUGAACAACCUUCGUCGGUCUAAAAGGGGUUGUGGAGCUGCGUUUCCUGAUCAGGUUUUUAAGGAAAAGAAAGGGUUUGAAUAUGUAACACUACCUAUUGGAGAAGGGAUGGAGUUGACAAGAUUCAGACCAAAUGGCAAGUACCAGAGCAAGAGAUACAAGAGAUUUCAUGUAACAUAUGAAAAUUGAAUCCAACCUCUGUAUGUAAUUAAUUUCAGGUCUCUUAGCCUUGUGAAAAAAAAAAUCAAGAGGUAGUCUACCUUUGUGCAUUCAUUGAAUGCAAUGAUUCAGUGAUUUUUACUUAUAUGUUACAGCUUAGGCAUAUAUCUUACCAUGAUUCCAUGUAAUUGAAGCUAGAAUUAGGCUAAUAGUCUUAGAACCUAAUUUACAAGUAGUAAAGCUAUGAACAAUAGCCAAGAUAAAUCAAUUUGUGUUAUUGACUAAACAUGUUUCUUUGUACUUGGAUGCAACAUCAUACGAAGGCGUAACCACUAAUUCCAUACAUUCCAGAUGAGAAAUUGGGGUUGAACAAGGAUAGAAGGAAAGAAAAUGAGACAUUGAAAGAUUUAAAGCUGAGACUGCUCAGAAAACUCACCACAAGAGGGUGGAGACGCACCACAUAGGAUUGGAGAAACUCGCCGACUCUCAAUACGGCAGUAGAGGAGAGCG